AUGGCAGGAGAAUCUACUCCAUUGGUUUCGUCCAAUGCAUCUGAAUCAGCAACUACUCCAAAAAGUGGAUACUUGCGUAAGGACCAAAUCGAGUGGGAAUUUGGUGGUCCCAUUGGGGCAUUGGGGAUGAUUAUCGGUUUCCCAUUGUUGAUGUGGUACAUGUGGAUCGGAGCAGAGUUUUAUCAUGGUAAAUUCCCCUGGCCAGAACAAGACCAAUCCUGGUCGUAUUUCUUGUUAUUGUUGUGGGAAUUGGUCAAAUUGAAUGGAUUGCCUACUUUUGGUACGUGGUUAUUCUUUACUUUAUUUAUCAUCAUUCAAGGUGUUUUCUACUUGACUUUGCCGGGGGUCUGGACUAAAGGUCAGCCAUUGACUCAUUUGAAUGGUAAACAGUUGCCUUAUUUCUGCAAUGCCAUAUGGUCCUUUUACACCACUUUGGCCGGGUGGUUGGUGUUGCAUUUCACAGGAGUUUUACCAGCUUAUUACAUGUUGGACAACUUUGGUAGAAUAAUGACUGUGGCUAUUGGCUAUGGUGUCUCAUUGUCAAUCAUCUUGUACUUGAUUUGUAUUUUUGUCACUGGCGAUUAUCACAGAAUGACUGGUAACCAUAUCUACGAUAUGUUUAUGGGUGCACCAUUGAACCCAAGGAUUGGCAAGUAUCUCGAUUUGAAAAUGUUUUUUGAAGUGAGAAUUCCUUGGUUUAUCUUGUUCUUUUUGAGUUUGGGGUUGUGUUUCAAACAAUAUGAGAAUUACGGGUAUGUUACUCCGCAAGCUGGAUUUUUGCUUUAUGCUCAUUGGCUCUAUGCUAAUGCUUGUGCAAAAGGUGAGGAAUUGAUUGUCCCCACAUGGGAUAUGGCUUACGAGAAAUUUGGUUUCAUGUUGUUGUUUUGGAAUAUUGCUGGAGUACCAUUCACUUAUUGUCAAUGUACGCUAUACUUGGCUUACCAUGAUCCAAAAGAAUACCAAUGGUCAACUGCUUACAACGUCUUUUUGUUUAUCUUGAUCACAGUUGCAUACUACUUCUUUGACACUGGUAACCGUCAAAAGAAUAGUUUUAGAAGAGUCAUGGCUGGAAAUACCCAUAUUAGAAAGACUUUCCCAUACUUACCCUACUCUGAUCUCACCAACCCCAAAUAUAUCAAGUGUGCAAAUGGAUCUUUGUUGUUGACCGAUGGCUGGUAUGUUUAUGCUAGAAAGAUGCAUUACACUGCUGACUACAUCCAAACUUUGACAUGGGCAUUGAUGUGCGGAUUUAGCUCCCCAUUCCCAUGGUUUUUCCCUGUUUUCUUCUUCAUCGUAUUGGUCCAUAGAGGAUACCGUGACCAAAGAAAAUGCGAAAAGAAGUACGGUGAAGAUUGGAAUAGAUACUUGGAAGCCUGUCCUUACAUGUUUAUCCCUUACGUUUGGUAA